CCAGAGUCUCUCAUGGGUCCCUGUUACGGGCCUCCCAUUGCUGCUGUCUCCAUCGCCACACUCUGCCAUGUGCCCCACAUUCAGGUCUCUUCACACUGCUGGUGGUGUUGAAUUUUUUGACAUAGGGUGCUGGCAGAUUACGGCCUCCCAUUGCUACUGCCAGGCACGUCAAAUCGGCCAUGGGGCCCCCGUACCGCCUGGUCACGCUGCUGCUGGUCCCACAGUGUGACCUGGGUCCUGUACCGCCUCCCAUUUGCUCCCACUCUGCCAUGUGUCGCUUUUGAGGUCUCCUCACACUCCUGUGCUUUUCCAUUUUGACAUAGGUUGCUGGCAGAUUGCAGGCCUCCUAUAGGUGCCGCC